AUGUUCUACGGUCAUGCCGCCGCAUCGCAUAUUUCAUGCCAGGAAAGGCUACAAUGUGAUCCGGCACUGGCUUUAUCUUGUCCUUUGGAACUGAGCGGAGCUGAUAGAGUUGUGCCUAAACCCAGGACUACCGGGAGACACUACAUUCAUGACCUACGAUCACAGAGGGCUCCUAUCUUCCUCUCUUCCGCCAGUGGUCAAGCGAAUGUCUUCACACAGUGGAAGAGAUCUCAGGUCUCAGCGCCAAAGUUUGGUAUCUUCCAGGCGCGCAGGGGUGUGAUUACGAAUGUCGAGUCGCUAGCGACCAACAUGGGAUGGGGGAUCGAUGUCGAUCGAUGGACCCUACAACAUCGAAUGUACGCUUUGAAGACGUGGAUCGCCUCACGUCGAAUUCUCUGGCGAAUAUAA